UCAGCUGAAGCGCGAAGACAUGUGGAUGAAUUCCGCUCCCCAAAAACUACUAGUACAGUUUAUAUGAGGUCUUUUUGACAUCUGUAGCUGCAGGGGAGGUUUUUUAUAGAUAAGAAAUGAAGGAGGAAGUUCUGGGAUUUGGUUCAAUGUAAAGCUCCACCCGGCUAUGGAUCGACCUGCACCGGCAGCAAAAUGUUCUAUUAACGGAGAUCUGAAUGAAGCUGCUUCUGUUCGGAGCACCGGUGAAAACUGCGGCUUCUGUCUGAACAGAAUCCGAGGUUGGGUCCCGGAGAAUUACCGCAAUGAGCUGCGACAACUCAUUAAACUGGCAGGACCGGUGGUCAUUUCCCAGCUGAUGGUCUUCUUGGUCAGUAUCGUCAGCAUGGUGUUCUGUGGUCAUCUGGGGAAAACUGAACUAGCUGGAGUAUCGCUGGCCACGGCGGUGGUGAACGUCACCGGUAUUUCCAUUGGCACCGGUUUGUCGUCGGCUUGUGAUACCCUCAUAUCUCAGACAUAUGGGAGCGGUAACCUGAAGCGUGUCGGUGUGAUUCUCCAGAGGGGGAUUCUGAUUCUGCUGCUGGCCUGUUUCCCCUGCUGGGCCGUCCUCAUCAACACCGAACCUCUUCUACUGGCUGUCAGGCAGAGUCCAGAGGUCGCCGGUCUCUCUCAGCUGUAUGUGAAGAUCUUCAUGCCUGCUCUACCGGCUGCUUUUAUGUACCAGCUUCAAGGGAAAUAUCUACAAAAUCAGGGAAUCAUGUGGCCUCAGGUUGUAACUGGAACAAUAGGAAACGUCCUCAAUGCUGUCAUCAACUACAUCUUCCUGUAUCGUCUGCAGUUUGGUGUCGCUGGAUCUGCGGCAGCGAACGCCAUCUCUCAGUAUUUGCUGACUUUGUUCCUGUUCGUUUACAUCCGCUGGAGGGGUUUGCACAAAGCCACGUGGGGAGGUUGGUCUCUGGACUGUCUGCAGGAGUGGGGUUCCUUCAUCAAACUGGCCGUUCCCAGUAUGCUGAUGAUCUGUCUGUCCUGGUGGAUAUUUGAAAUCGGAGGUUUCCUGGCUGGUGUGAUCAGUGAGGUGGAGCUCGGAGCUCAGUCUAUAGCGUACCAGCUGUGCAUCACAGCCUACAUGUGUCCACUCGGGUUCUCUGUUGCCGCCAGUGUUCGGGUUGGAAACGCUCUUGGUGCAGGAGACACACAGCAGGCCAGACUUUCCUGCCAAGUCGCCAUCAUCUGUGCAUUCACAGUCGCCUGUGUCGUCGGAUUGAGUAUCGGCGUCACCAGAAAUGUCAUCGGGUACAUUUUCACCUCAGAGCAAGACAUUAUUCAGAGAGUUGCUGACGUCAUGCUUAUAUUCGGCUUCAUGCAUGUCUGUGACGCCACUGCGGGUGUCGCUUCAGGUGUUCUUCGAGGAGCAGGAAAACAGCUGGUCGGUGCUUUGUUUAAUUUAGUGGGAUUUUACUUCAUCGGCUUCCCCAUCGGUGUGUCGCUCAUGUUCGCAGCAAACAUGGGGAUCGUAGGACUGUGGAGGGGACUUUGCAUUUGCGUGUCACUGCAAGCGAUUGUUUUUGUUGCGUUUUUGUCCAACCUUGAUUGGAAAAAGGCAGCAGAAGAGGCUCUUGUGAGAGCAGGCGUCCACGUGGAAAAGCAACCAACAGAUUCAGAUCAGAACCGAGCUCAGGACACAAACCCAGAAGUCCAAAUAGAGUUGAUCAGCAGCACCACGGUGGGAGACGUUCUGUCAGCAACCCAGCUGGUCGUACGUCGUGGCUUGACUUUGUUAAUCAUGAUCAGCAUCCUCGUAGGUGGAAUCAUCACCAGUGAGCUGCUGGUGAGGCUGUUUAAAUGAUGUUUCUGCUCAUCAUGUUGAUCCCGCUGAGUAUCAACUUCCGGUCUGCAGCUCUGUGCAGAUUCCAAACAUUCUUCACUUUAUACUUUGGCGAGCUCAUCUGCAGCUUCAUCACAUUCUUGUUCUGCUAGGAAACCAAUAACAGAGAACCAAAGUGAGGCACCAGUUUACAUUUGUCACUUCAUAAAUAAAAUUGAUUAGAUUUAAAGGUGGACUGUCCUGAAUACGAGCCCAAACAUGCACAGAAAAUAAUGAUCUGUGGGUCUGUCUGUGCCACUUUGUUGUGAGUCAGUGUGAUAUUCAAUAUACAAGAUUCAAAAUGCCUUUAUGUAUUUAUUGUCAUUUCUUGUGUAAUUGCAUACAUAAAAAUAAAUAUUGUUGUCCGAGUACAGUGCAAAUAAGAAUAAUAACAAUAAAUAUGAAUAAAUAACCAUAAAAAUACAAAUACGAAAUAGAGGUUUAAAAGGCAGCACAGUGUAAAUAGAAUUAAAGCGAAUGCUGUCAAUCACUGCUUAUUAAGGUGCUUGUUGUGUAGUUUAGUCUAUUUCAGGUGACAAAAACUGCACUGGACACACAAAUUUACUUUUAUAGACCACAUAUCCAUCUUUGGUCUACACAACUAUUGACAAAUAAAAACGCUUAAAAGAGCUGUUCUUAUUAUCUACGAGUCAGACGAAAGUUUUAUUUUCUCCCGGAGAUCGCACACAUCAUUCACUGGUUGAACUGAUCAGGGAUCAGAUAAAAACUGCCUGGUUGCUCUUGCGCUUCCUCAUAAUUUUAAUGACCGGAGAACAAUGUCAAAUGUUGGUGUAUUUUUAGCACAACUCAGGGGCAUACAGACAUUUUACAUGAAAAAUCUGGUAUGUUGGCGGUAUUUUGCUGGCAUUGUUUCCGUCUGUUUGUCCCUUUUGAAGGAAGUCUCGCUGCAAAUCAAUACAAAAUUGUUCUGCAUGUUCAUCUUUAUCUUGUGAGGGAACAAUUCCAUCCUGGUGGAGUCACUGAAUGGUUUGAUAAAUCGCAUUCUACUGACUUCAGAGGCACAAGAUCUUAACACAGCUGAAGACUUAUGUGACAUUUUUUUUGACCUACUUGUUAGAUCAACAUCAUCAAAACGCCAAACACAGGAAUAUGUUCCUGAAGAACCGUGUUCAUCAUAGAGUUCCAGACAUGCAGAACCUGUUACAUGGUGCAUUGAAGCUGUUCUGGUGGCACAUAGUGUUCCAACACUUUAGUAACAUACUUAACAAACACUAUUUGUAGCUAUACAAGUAAAGGAGAAAAGAUACGCGUGUCCAAAAUCAUCCACUCACUUUUGUCUAAAAAUAACAUCUAGUGAACAAUGUAGGGAGCUCCUCAGUAAAGUUAGCAUUUUCCGCUGUUUUUGCACCACCUCUUCUGAUUCAAUAGUUUUGUGGUGCCAAUUCAAAUGCACUUAAAACCCUUCACAUAGUAAAGUGAAGACCUUACAGUAUCAUAUUAUAGAGAGAAACCCAACAAAUCCAAAGAUUCCCUUUGAGCAAGUUCAUCCAUGACAGUUUAAAGAAAAAAACUCCGUAUUUUGACGAGAGGAAACCCUUUUCAGAACCACGUUCAGGGAGGGUCGGCCGUCAGAUUCGACUGGUCGGGGUCAGAGUGACGGGGGGAGAGAGUAUAGGAUAGCAGACAGAAAAUAGAUCAAAAAUGCGUAAUAGAUCAAUAAACACUAAGGAGAUUGGUGAGGUCAGUAACUGCAGAUCAGAAAUCUGUAGCUCGUGCAAUAGUUCCAUUGAAAUAUAUGGAGGAAGAAAGGGAAGAAAAUCCCCCAGCAAUUGAAGUCUGUAGAAGCAGAACAAGGGAUGGUUCAGUCACCUGAGCAGCACUAACUGUAAGUUUUAUCAAUGAGGAAAUUAAGCUAUUAACUGAUUCCACAGCAAAAGCCUGAAAGUUGAAGGAUCUUCCUCACAGUCUGCUUCUGGAAAGUAAACCUGUAGUCUGAGAGCAGCAUGCUUUGUUUGGAAAAUAUGGUGCAUUAAGUUUUUCAAGAUAAGAUGGAGCUUCAUUAUUAAGGGCAUUGUAUUUGAGAGAAAGGAUUUUAAAGUCUAUUCUGGAUUUUACAAACAGCAAGUGAAGAGAGAAUUCCAUCAAUUGAGCAUUAAACUUGGAAAACAGUGUCUGGUUCAUAGUGGACAGUUUUUAAAGAAGUAUUUAAACUGAUGCAUCUGAACCAGAAAUGCCUCCUUUUUGUGUUUGGUUUAUGCUCCGUGCUUUUUAGAAGUUUCCAACACACUGUCAGACUUGCAAAAAUACAUUUAUUCGUGACAUUGCGCUGCUAGAACUUCAUCAGACAAAUGAUUUGGUGCAACAAGAGAAGCCACCUUAAAUAGAGACCAAUGAACACGCUCCACAUACCACAGAGAAGAUAUAAGCACCAAAACAUAUGCGUUUCAUGAUAGAGGCCCAGAAGAAUGGUGUGUGCUGGGAAAAGUCUCAACCAAUCAGCAGCUCCGUAAACCAAUGUGGAGCCGACGGUAAAUUACCAGACUCAUUCUGGCCUGUUGUUCUGCUUGUUCAUGGCCAAAGAGAAGUUCAGAUCUCAUCAGAUCUUAGUAAACAAAGUCUUCAGGCUGCACUCAGACUUUGACACAAGUGUAGUUGACAUCUGUUCUAGUGUGACUCUUUUUCUGUCAUGGUUGUUUAAUAUUAACCAGUGCAGGAGACUCACCGUCACACAAGAACAGCCACACAAGUUAUGUAAUAGAAUUUGCAUCUUAAGUUCUUACAUUCUUUGGCAUCAGUGGUAUAACGGCUUCCAUAUGGUGGAAAUAUUGUUGUCAGAUUGUAGUCUGUCUUUUGUACUUUCAAUAAAAAAAAAAUAUUUUUGCAGCA